UGCCCCCUUUAUUCCGCACUGAAUUCCAUCCUAUCCUAUUGUACUGUAUAAUAAUACCACCUCCCGCCAAACAACAAUUGAAUUCCGACUGCAUGUGGGCGGCACGACGGUCCUUUCCGACGGUCCGAUUCCCCCUUCCUUCUUCAUCUUCUUCCUCCUCCUCUCUUCGUCUCUCUCGGUUCAGAUCUUCCCUUCCAUGAGUCGCCCCCUUCAAAACCCACGAAUCUAAAAAAACCCAACCAUUCGCUUCUCUCUCUCGGUGUCUCGAUGGGUACGCUAAGAAGGCUCUUUCUACCGACGUUUCUAUGUCUGUCCGCCGUUCUACUUCUCGCCGCCAGCGCCGCCGAUGCCGAUGACUCCGCCGCUAUGGCUGCCUUUCUCGCGGCACUGAGACCGGCACCCUCGGGGUGGUCGUCCUCCAAGGACUACUGCUCCUGGACCAACGUCGUCUGCAACUCCGGCUCCAAAAGGGUCACCGCCAUCAACCUCGCCUCCGCCUCCGUCUCCGGCACCCUCCCGUCGGAGCUGUCCUCCCUCUCCGAGCUCCAAAAACUCUCCUUCCAGAAGAACUCUCUCGGCGGCGAUUUGCCCUCACUCGCCGGCCUCUCCAACCUCCAGGAGCUCUACCUCGACAACAACAACUUCACCUCCAUCACUCCCGGCUUCUUCAAGGGCCUUACCUCCCUCCAAACCCUCAGCAUCAGCGAGAACUACGAGCUGGCCCCGUGGUCGAUCCCCUCCGACCUAAGCGAGUCCACGAAUCUCGCUACUAUCUACGCCGACAACUCCAACAUCGUGGGGACACUGCCCGAUUUCCUCGGCACCCUCCCGAGCCUGGCGAACCUCAGGCUCUCCUACAACAAUCUCACUGGGUCCAUCCCCAGUUCCUUCGGCGGCUCGGCGAUUAAGAACCUGUGGCUCAAUAACCAGGCUGUGGGGCUCUCCGGCACCCUCAAUGUGCUCUCUUCCAUGACCCAGCUUUACCAGGUCUGGCUCGACAAGAACCAGUUCACCGGGUCGAUCCCCGACCUCUCCAAGUGUGAGAGCCUGUUUGAUCUCCAGCUCCGCGACAACCAACUGACCGGUAUUGUCCCCACCAAUUUGCUCUCUCUUAGCAGUCUGAAGAACGUGUCGUUGGAUAACAAUAAGUUCCAGGGUCCUGUGCCCGACAAUCCUAACAACAUUGAGCUUAGCUAUGGUGUCAAUAGCUUCUGUAAUACUAAACCCGGUCCCUGCGACCCGCAAGUGACGACAUUGCUCGAGAUUGCUGGGGCAUUAGGAUACCCGACUGUGCUGGCUGGUUCCUGGGAGGGUAACGAUGCUUGUAAUGGGUGGAGUUUCAUCACUUGUCAGGGAAAGAAUGUGACUUCGGUGACCUUUGCGAAGCAGGGCUUUCCGGGGACUAUUUCCCCCGCUUUUGCAAAGUUGACCUCGCUGAGGACUCUGCUUUUGAACAACAACAUCUUGACUGGCUCGAUUCCUGAGAGCCUGACCACCCUGCCCUCACUCCAGGUCCUUGAUGUCUCGAACAACAACCUCAACGGAUCAAUACCAGUAUUUCCAAGUACAGUAAAGCUGACCAUAUCAGGGAAUCCUCUUCGGCGAAUAAGCUCAGGUUCUGGAGGUAAUGGGGGAAUUGCUGAAGGGCCUAGCUCGAGCUUGGGCGGGGGUUCAACUGGCUCAUCAAGCGGCUCCCCAGUGUCAACAGGAAUGAUUAUCGGUGUGGUGUUUGCUGUCUUGGUUUUUGUCGGGGUCGUGCUGUUCGUGUUAUACAAGUGUUGCUAUGCGAACAGACUCUGCAGAAAAUUUAGCCAGGUUGAACAUCCCGAGAAUGGGAAGGAAUUGGUCACUAAGAAUGGGACGGUGAAUGGUAUGAAUGGGUUUGGUGCAGUUCCAAGCGAGCUUCACAGCCAGAGCAACGGCAACCAUAGUGACCUCCCUGUCUUUGAAGGUGGAAAUGUUGCGAUCUCAAUCCAAGUCCUAAGACAAGUAACAGGCAAUUUCAAUGAGGAGAACAUCUUAGGGAGGGGAGGUUUUGGGGUGGUUUACAAGGGAGAACUGCAUGACGGGACCAAGAUCGCUGUUAAGAGGAUGGAAUCAGUGGCAAUGGGGAUUAAAGGGAUGAACGGGUUUGAGGCUGAGAUUGCUGUCCUUACUAAGGUUAGGCACAGGCAUUUAGUUGCACUUCUCGGUUACUGCAUUAAUGGUAAUGAGAGGCUUUUAGUUUAUGAGUACAUGGCACAAGGGACGUUAACUCAACACUUGUUCGAGUGGAGAGAGAGGGGCUUGCAGACCUUAACAUGGAAGCAGAGGGUCACGAUUGCUUUGGAUGUCGCGAGGGGAGUGGAGUACUUGCAUAGCCUUGCACCGCAAAGCUUCAUUCACCGUGACCUAAAGCCGUCCAACAUACUGUUAAGUGAUGAUAUGAGGGCCAAAGUGGCUGAUUUUGGACUUGUCAAGAACGUGCCUGAUGGGAAGUACUCGGUCAAGACCCGUUUGGCUGGUACUUUUGGUUAUCUUGCUCCUGAAUACGGUGCUACCGGCAGAGUGACCACGAAGGUCGAUGUGUAUGCUUUUGGAGUUGUUUUAAUGGAGCUCAUCACUGGGAGAAAAGCGCUUGACUAUUCCGUACCCGACGAGAGGUCCCACCUGGUGACAUGGUUCCGUCGUGUCCUGAUCAACAAGGAGAAUAUCCCAAAGGCCAUCGACCAAUCCCUGAACCCCGAUGAGGAGACAAUGAAAAGCAUCUACAAGGUGGCCGAGUUGGCGGGCCGCUGUACAGCACACAAACCUUUCCAGAGACCCGACACGGGCCAUGCCGUCAACAUCCUCGGCCCACUGGUGGAACAAUGGAAGCUCACUCGCCAUGAAGAGGAGGAUGGCUUCGGGAUCGACCUCCAUUUGAGCCUUCCCCAGGCACUGCAAACAUGGCAAGCUGAUGAAGGGACCUCAAGAAUGUUUAAUAGCAUGUCCUUCUACCAGACCAAGUUUUUAAUUCCUGCUAAGCCCUCAGGUUUCCCUGAUUCAUUCCAUUCGUCGGACUGCCGGUAAAAGUUAAGGAAACAAGAAGUAGAAAAUUGGUUUACUGAUAAUUGGAGACAGUCGAAAAGGUGAUGAGUUGUUCGCGAAAGGCGAUGAGUUGUUCGCGAAAAGUGGGUAAGCUGUUGGACCAGACGAUGUCGUUUGAGGCUGUCGGAGGGGGGCCAAACGGCAUCAAUUGCGCCUUUCCUGCUCGAAUGUCAUGUCAAGGAUGGCGUUAUCUCCAUCUCGUCAUGAAGGUAAACGGAGUGGUAUAAUUGUUAGAGAGAAUGUCAACGUUUAUGAGAAAUUUGUAACAAAAAUUUGUCAGGGGCAAAAUCGGUGACAAAUUAAUAAAUAGAGAGCGACAGUAAUAGUCUACUUUUAUAUUAACUACCGUUCAAUUCAAUUUUUAAUAUUAAAUUCUCUCAACUAUUCAUUA